GCAGCAAUAUGGACACUCAACCCCACUAAGAUAAAAAUAAACUUAUCUUCUUAUCUGUUCUAUCAGCAAUUCCAAGAAAACUAACACUCGGCAGGGAAGAACACAGAAGGAGUAGGCUGUUCUCCCGGCGACAAGCGCUGAAGUGAAAACCGUUAGAACGAAGUGACAAGACGACGAGACGGAGAUAAUUGCCUCUGUGAAAUACUAGACUAAACGAAAUUCCUCCACACUUCCCCAUUUGUUCCUUUCUUCUGCUAUAGAAAUAUUUAUUUGUGAACAAUUCUCUCAAAAGAACAGUUCCUGAACAAUUCGCUCCCGAGCAUCCUCCAAACAACACUUCAGUAAUCAUUCAAUGCAGGGAAAAGUUAAGAAAAUCGUUGUUCGUGGUUUUGAUCCGAAGAAAACGAAAGAGCGUCAAGAGAAUUAUUACCAUGACACGCUGAAAAAACUAGACGUUGCUCUUAGCGUUAUUAUGUCAGGCCUAGGCUUGAACAGUGGCUACCAGGAACUUUAUGUCGGCGUUCAGAACCUGGUACGUGCAGGUCAAACGGAAAGCUGUUUAGAGCUUUUACUUCGGCACUGUCAGAAAGGAAUCGCCGAGCUAAAAGAACUUGCUCUCGCAUCUAUAUCUACGGCUGUUGAUGAAAGCUGUAAAGCCGUCAUCCAUUGUUGGAGGCAGUGGACCGAACGUAUUGAGCUAAUUCACAACAUUUUUUACUACAUGGACCGAGCUUACUUGAUUCGGGUAGCCGGCCAAACGUCCAUACUUGAGUUUUCUGUCUCCCUUUUCCGUGACGACUUCAUGUCUUUUGAUGAAAUUCGUGUUCCCUUCUUGAACCAACUCACAUCCUUAUUUGAGCAGUUACGAAACGGCAAUAAUGUCGACAAGACACUGUUAAAAGACGCCUCUAAAAUGCUCCAACAAACUCAUCUAUUUGACAAAUUGUUUUUUCCGAUGUACCUCUGUUCGCUAGAAACAAAUUAUACGUCGGCAUCCCAAGCUGAGCUGCAAAAAGUGCCCCUGGAUGAGUUCUUGCUAUACAUCGAGCGGUGUUUAAAGCACGAGGAAGAUAUCGUACACGAAAUGUUCGCCGACAAUGUCUUAGUAGACGUCAAUGCUGUUUUAGACCGCUGUUUAGUGUCCCAACACAUAUCCAGCAUGACACCCGGUUUGAAGGAUUUCGUACUCAAGCGAAAAACAGACUCUUGCAAAUCACUGUACACACUUUUAAAAAGGGUGGACGAGACAAAGUUGCUGUGUGAUCCCUGGUCGCAGGGAAUUGUCGCGUUGGGUUCUUCUCUCGUUAAUGAUCCUAACCAUGAUGACUCUCUCAUAUCUGAAUUACUAGAGAUUCAUAUCUUUUUGAAAGACGUACUGAAACAUGCGUUUUUGGGAGACGAAGCACUGUCGUACAGCAUGCGCAAGUCUUUUGAAACUUUUCUCAGCAGUCUUCCUUCUACGCGGAGGGAGAAACCAGCUGAAUUACUGGCAAAAUACAUCGACCACUUAAUGCGGUCUACGAAGUCUGUCGUCGGCAACAACACGUUCGAUAACGUGUGCGCAGAAUUGUUAGACAUUUUCCGUUACCUGCCAAACAAGGAUGUAUUUGAAGCAUUUUAUAAGCGUGAUGUGGCCAAACGUUUACUGUUAAACAAGUCUGCCAAUACCGAUAAUGAGAGAAAGUUACUUGAGAUGUUGAAGGAGAAAUGCGGUAGUACAUUUACACAUUCACUCGAAGGCAUGUUUAAAGACGUUGAUUUCUCCAAAGACUUCUCAAAGUCCUUCAAGGAGUCCAAAUUUGGACGAUCUCUGCACUACGAUCUGUUCGUGAAUGUACUUUCUCUAGCAUACUGGCCAACGUACCCAGACACCACUAUUACUCUUCCCCCCGAACUAGAAACCGAUUUGGAUAUCUUUAAGAACUUUUACCUUUCUCAGCAGACGGCACGCCGACUCGCCUGGCGGCCGGCAUUGUGUUAUUGUUUGCUGAAAGCAGAAUUCCCAUCGGGAAGUAAGGAGUUGAGCGUGUCCCUGUUCCAGGCCUGUGUUCUUUUGCUCUUUAACGAUGUUGGCGACGAAGGAUUGUCGUACGUUGACAUUCAGAAACGAACGCAAUUGAACGACAAUGAUCUCACGCGCACAUUACAAUCUCUAUGUUGUGCCCACGUUCGACCCCUGCUUAUGCAACCUAAGAGCCGGCGAAUAACGAAAGAACAUCGUUUUUUCUAUAACCAGCAUUUUACCAAUCCUCACUUCCGCAUAAAAAUCAACCAGAUUCAACUUCGCGAAAGUAAAGAAGAAAAGGCAAGCGUUCAAGAGGAAGUUGUUCGUGAUCGACAAUUCGAACUCCAAGCCUGUGUUGUUCGUCUUAUGAAAGCAAAUAAAACUAUGACUUACAACCAACUUGUGCGACAAACAAUGGACUAUUUGCAAAUACGAGGAAAACCAGACCUUUCUGAAGUUAAGAAGGGCAUUGAGAAACUCAUUGAGAAGGAAUACAUUGAGCGUACAGACGAUACGAACCUUGCGUACGUUGCUUAAUAGCAAUGGAGUGCAAGUGACAGAUAUUACGUUUAACUUAAUUGCUGUCGGAAGAAGAAGAGUAUUAUUCAAGGAUACUUGAGAACUUUGUGGUUUAAAUGCUUUAGCGUUCUUCUCCGUUAUACGAAUAUGCCGUAUAAUUGGGAAUUUGAUAUAGUCCGUUCCGUCUAGUUUUACCUCUUCUUCCUUUCUUCCACAUUGCUCUCUCUGACAGCAAUUUUUCCCUCUUUUGAAUUGUUUGUUUUCGUUACGUUAGACACACAGCUUCCCUUCUUCAUCUUUUUGUUUUCCUUUUUGUUUCAUUCUCUGGAUGUUUCAUUCCCUCUUGCUAAUUUGGUCAACUCUUGGCUGUGAAGUUCAUCCUUCUUUGACGUCAAGUGCCGUAACAGAACGCAAAAAUUGUGUCAUUUUAUGAUGUAACAAAAUUUUUGUUUGUUGAUAUUGCCCGCUGGUAACAUUUUUCGUUAACAGUUAUAUUUCUAAACUUUACGAUAUCUUAAUACU